GAAAGAUACAGGCAAUAUUAGGCAGUAUCUAGCAACAACAUGCUUGAUAAAGACGGAAUUCCACUUCUGGCAACACAGGAUCCCACCCUUUUGGACGGCGGAGAUUUACCAAAAGAGAAAAUCGUUUAUACACCGGAACAGUUGUUAACAUUUGAAGACAAAGGAACUAUUCCGGAAGGAUGUGAGCUACCCGACCGAUCAUUUUAUCGUUUUGAUGCCACAGUAUUGAUGAAGAUAAACAGCUACCUACAAAACGUGAACUGCAGCUCUUAUGGUUCGAAGAAGAAUGGUAAAAGAAAUGGUCAUCGUACAAAGGAUGCUCACCAUCUGUACAGCAGCAGUAAUAGUGGACACUCUCAUGGCUACCGUGCCGAGGAAGAAGAUAACGAUGAGCCAGAGUGGAUGGCGGAAACAGAUUUUAAAGUCGAUAGGGAUUUUCAACUGUACAUGAAAGCUGGAUCUCAUACAGCGGAUGAUUUUGAGAGGGAGAAGAAACUGUUUCGCUCAAAGAACAGUGUUGUCGACGCUGAAAGUGCAAAGGCAGUAAAUACAAGUGAGAGCUCCAGUUGUAAUACAAGCGAUGACUCCACCGCUGCUGGGGGAGAUAGCAAUGAGACUAACGACGAAAAGUUAAAAAGAGAACUGCUAAAACAGCUAGAAGAACCUGAGAUCUUAGGCCCCACAGAACAAGAAUAUUAUCAGUUGCUUGCAGAAAAGGAGAAACAGAAAGAAGAGGAAGCUAAAGCUAAAGCUCAAAAGCCAAAUGUCAGUUCUGGCGAUUUCCAAUUUGGAUUGGAAAUGGAUUCGAAAACUCAAGUGGAUAACUUUUUUACCUCUUUACUAAACAAAAAUACAGAGAAUGCGGCGCAGCGGGGCUCCAGUGAAGACAGCACCGAAGCCACCAUUCAAGACACUCGUAACUCUAGAAACACUGCCCCUUCUACAAUAGCACCUGGACGUACUCCUCUUCAACGGACUGGUUCACAAAUUUUGCCUCCUGGGCUGGACACUACAAGUAAGCUAGGACAGAUACAAUCGCAAGCUUCACCUAUGAAAGAAACGCGUGGUCAAGAGAAUGGGCGGAAUCAAGGACUCUCGCCGAGUCAGCCUAUGCCUAUUCCUGGUAUGUUCCCUCCUGGAAUGUUACCGCAUAAUCAGUUCAAUCAACUCAACCACAACAGUUACUAUGGUGGAAAUCAACAAUCCCCCUCUGACAUGCAGGUCCAACAAAUGAAACAAGCUCAAAUGAUCCAGCAUAUGCAACAGGUGCAGCAUAUGCAAAGAUUACAGCAGCUGCAACAAAUGCAACAACAGCCAAGAUCCAAUUUCCAUAGUAUGGGUCCAAACAUGCCUCCAAAUAUGCCUUUAAACAUGCCUUUAAACAUGCCUCAAAAUAUGCCUUCAAACAUGCAUCCAAACAUGCAUCCAAACAUGCCUCCAAACAUGCCUCCAAACAUGCCACAAAACAUGCCUCCAAACAUGCCACAGAACAUUUCUCAGAACAUGCCUCAAAAUUUACCUCCGAAUAUGGCAAACAUGUCAAACUUAUCAAGUAUGCUACCUGAUGGGCCAAAUGGUAAUUCAAAUUUUUCUAACAUUCCUGGAAGCGGAAUUCCGAAUAUGCAACAGAGGCCUUAUCUUGUCCACAGAAGUUUGCCACCUGGAAAGUUAGAUCAACUUCCACCUCACAUUGUUCAGCAACUAAUAAAUUCGCAGCAACACUCGCCACAACCUCCACAGGGAAUGCAGCAUCCAUUGGCAACCUUGGGUAAUAUAAAGAUGAACCAUAACAUGAAUAUGAACAUCAGAAACCAGCAAUUGCCCCAAUCCCCACAAGAGAACAGGCAAGGUUCAUUACAGGGUUCCAAUCAACCAACAUUACGACAAUUACCUCAUAACAAUAGCGGAAAUAGCAUUGCACCACAAAUGCCAACACAAAUGCAUCAGCAAACUACACCGCAAAUGGAACAACAUAUUCCUCCUCAAAUGAUGCCAGCAAAUCUUCCGCCACCCGAUCAACUACCUUCUCCCUUCAAGGAAAAGUUUUAUCAGAUUCAGCAGAUACUUCUGCAGUGCCAGCAAAAUGGACAACCACCUCCACCAGCGUUGCUUCAUGAUAUGAUGGAGUUCCAUACGCUAUUGGAGAAGAACUUUUCACGUAGUGCUACUGGCUCUACUAAUUCAGAGGGCCAUACUAUUUCCAAGUGAUUUAGUUUCCUGGCAAAUUGUAUAGUUUGAUCAAUGUUGUUGAUCUUUUGUACACUCAACUGAAUAAACACUUUUUCCAGUAA